AUGGCGGCGGAGGAACCUCAGCAGCAGAAGCAGGAGCCGCUCGGCAGCGACUCCGAAGGUGUUAACUGUCUUGCUUAUGAUGAAGCCAUCAUGGCUCAGCAGGACCGAAUUCAGCAAGAGAUUGCUGUGCAGAACCCCCUGGUCUCGGAGCGCCUGGAGCUUUCGGUCCUGUACAAGGAGUAUGCUGAGGAUGACAACAUCUAUCAACAGAAGAUCAAGGACCUCCACAAAAAGUACUCAUACAUCCGCAAGACCAGGCCCGACGGAAACUGCUUCUACCGAGCUUUCGGAUUCUCGCACUUGGAGGCGCUGCUGGACGACAGCAAGGAAUUGCAGCGGUUUAAGGCCGUGUCUGCCAAGAGCAAAGAGGACCUGGUGUCCCAGGGCUUCACCGAGUUCACAAUCGAGGAUUUCCACAACACGUUCAUGGACCUGAUCGAGCAGGUGGAGAAGCAGACCUCCGUAGCCGACCUGCUGGCCUCCUUCAAUGACCAGAGCACCUCGGACUACCUGGUGGUGUACCUGCGGCUGCUCACGUCGGGCUACCUGCAGCGGGAGAGCAAGUUCUUCGAGCACUUCAUCGAGGGGGGGCGGACGGUCAAGGAGUUCUGUCAGCAGGAGGUGGAGCCCAUGUGCAAGGAGAGCGACCACAUCCACAUCAUCGCGCUGGCGCAGGCCCUGAGCGUCUCCAUCCAGGUGGAGUACAUGGACCGCGGCGAGGGCGGCACCACCAACCCGCACAUCUUUCCCGAGGGCUCCGAGCCCAAGGUGUACCUCCUGUACCGGCCCGGACACUACGACAUCCUCUACAAAUAGGGCUGGCCCCGCCCGCCGCUGCCCCGCCUGCCCUCCCCUCUGCCAGGCGCUAGAUAUGUACAGAGGUUUUUUGUGGUUGUAAAUGGUCAUAUUUCACCCCCCUCCCCGUCACGCAACCUUCCACAUUUUAUUAAAGGGGAUGCUGGUGG